UCAGCUCUUCAACCGAUCCACCCUCCACCACCGUGCUUAGCCUUCUCUUCUCUGUGCGGCUUUCUUUCUUUUUGUGGUUGGAAGGUGAACAGCAGAAAGUUCAUUUUCCCCAGCGCGGGAUUUUUCUGCUCUUUCCCCCUCUUGGCUGUAAAAAGGAACUCUUUCUCACACGUACAUUAGGGCGGUGGUCGUUUUUAAUUGCUGGUGAUCGUUCCCUUGUCUGCUGCUGCUGCUUCUUCCUCCCCUCCCCUCCCCUCCCGCCCUCCUCAAGCCCAGGGUAUGCCCUUCUAUCGCCAAUUACCUAAGAAGGAGUCUCAAUCAGCUCAAUGGGACUAAAUGUGUCAGACCGUCGCAGAAUUCUUAUUUGGCCUUUUUGACCACGGAGAAAACUCAAUGAAUCUUUUCCUAUACUUUCCUUCCCUUUCACUACUUGUGGGGAUAAUUCUUCUCACUUUUCUUAAAAUGAAGGGGUGUUUUUACUUGGGAGCCUUUUUCUAGACUUUCCUUCUCUUGUAUAUUGUGACCUGGAGUUGGAGAUAAAUGUUUUUUCCCCUUCCAGCUCCAAUCCAGGACCUUCAUGGUCAGUAAUAGGUCCCCUACCUUAACAAACCAUUAAUUCUCUCUCUCUCCUCCCCCUCCCCCGGUGUUUGUUCCCCCUUCAGGAUAUUAUAGAUAUAAUCACAAACAUUCCCUUUGUUUUUGACGGGGUCUUCUUUUUUUUUCAAAAAAUGUCCCACUUUUAAAUUUAUUCCGAAAAUAUUUUGGACAGUGCAGUUAGGGGGGUGAGUGAAAGGCUUCCGAUUACUUAUUUCACAAACCUUAUUAUAACUUAUUUUUUCACAAACUUAAUAAUAACGACCUGCCACCGUAUCCAAAGCUACCGUCUAGGUUUCGUCGGAGGACACCCCCCCCCAGCAAAGCAACAGGUGAACCUCCGUUCUCUGACCCCAGUUCCAGCUUUUCUAACAGACAAGAUCAGCGCGUUUAAUAGCUUGUUAUACAAUCCUCCCCUUCAGCUUGCUUAGAUUAAUUGUAAAGGACCAGGGUCUCAAGCAUAUUGGCAAAAUGAGUUCUGCGAUCCUAUGCAAUCUCUUUGGAAGCAAGUUCCACUGCGUCUAAUGAAAAAUCCCUUAGAUUCUCUUAAUAACAGAGUUGUAUUUAUUUACAAUGGAUUACAUUCUUACAACCCGAGUGUGCCCCUGUUUGCUCAAGAGUAAGUGUCACUGAAUUCAACGAGGGCUAUUCAAAUAAUUGAUAAAGUUGAAUCUUUACAUAUUUUUCUGGUUAUAUACUAGUAUGUUUUACGGAGCGAGGAUUCCAACCAAGUGGGGAAAAGGGAGUCUUAAUCCACAGAACAUUUAGGAAUUACGAUGUUUUUAAUCUUAAAAAAAAUGUACCAGCUUCUAUUCUUCGCUAUAGUAAACCAUAUUAAUUCAAAUAGAGCUUCCAUGAUUCGAGGCAGUGUACCUCUGUUGCUAAAAGCAGACAUAUAAUCAGCGUUGUCCAUAGUUUUUAUACCUGCUCCUUCCGAGGUAAUUGCUUGUCCGGAGAAUAAUGGCACAACCUCUGGGCCUGAUCCUACUUGUAUAAUUUUUAAGUGUUCACCUCUUAAAAGGUGAGGUAGUUAUGUUCUCACUUUUGUCUGUUCUUUACCGCUGCUUUGCUUUUUAAUUGUGCGUCAAUUUGCUAGCAACUCUAUGAAGAUAAGAACACUCAUUUGCAGUGGUAUUUGACUUCUUGUUACAUUUUACGGUCUCUUCCUUUCUCUCUGCUCGCCCCUCCCUUCUCUUUAAAUUUCCCUCCUGGCUCUAAUUGAUUUUUUUAAAGGCUUACAGAACACUUUCUUUCGUAUCAAGUCUUCUUGCUCCUCCAGCAUGCCUUUCCUUUUUCUGCGGUCACUCCUGGGCUGUUGCGCGCCUUUACGCACGCCUCUCCCUCCCCGCGUCUUUUACCACUCCGCCUCCCUCCGGAGGAGCAGCAGCGUGUGCUUGGUGCCUAGGAGGGUAACCCCCUCUUCUCCCCCCACCACUGUCCAUUGGCUUGCCCUGCUACGGCUCCCCCCUCACUCUUUUGCUUGAUCAUGUCCAGCCCCCGAUGACUGUCCAUUGGCGUGGCGCACAGCUUCCCUCCUCCCCUUUCCUCCAGUUUCGCCCUGCCCAUGUUUUGUAUGUCUCUGUCCAUCCAGCCGCUUGACGUUCAAGUUCGUAGGGACGUCACGUCCGCACUUGAACUUGCAGCUCAGGGGGGCUUUUGCCAUUUUUUUCAUCUCUCUCUCUCUCUCUCUCUCUUCUUUUUUCCCCCUGUCUGUUUCUCCCUCUCUUGCACAGAAAGGAAAAAAAGAAAAAGAAAAAGCCAUGACUGCUAUCCCACAAUUCAUCUUCCCCGCGCCAUCUUUGUAUUAUUUCUAAUUUAUUUUGGAUGUCAAAAGACAUUGAUGAAGGUAUUUUCUCUGGAGUCUCCUUCCUUGCUCACCCGGCGCUUCCCGAUGUGAUCCGAGCGAGAGAGCUCCGUGCGCGCCCGCCCGAGCAACCAACACCACAAUGUCUCGCCGCAAGCAAGGGAAACCCCAGCACUUAAGCAAACGGGAAUUUUCGCCCGAACCUAUUGAAGCCAUUCUUACAGAUGAUGAACCAGAUCAUGGUACCUUGGGAGCUCCAGAAGGCGACCACGACCUCCUUACCUGUGGCCAGUGUCAGAUGAACUUCCCUCUGGGGGAUAUUCUUAUUUUUAUUGAGCACAAACGGAAACAAUGCAAUGGCACUCUUUGCCUAGAGAAGGCUGUGGAUAAGCCCCCUUCGCCCUCGCCAAGCGAGCUGCGAAAAACUUCCAAUCCUGUGGAGGUUGGCAUCCAGGUCACACCUGAGGAUGACGAUUGUUUGUCAACGUCAUCUAGAGGAAUUUGUCCCAAGCAGGAACAUAUAGCAGGGAGACACGUCAGUCUACGCAACGCCCUCGCCGAAACACUGGGCCAAGAGGGCGGAGCUAUGUUAAUUUAUAGGACUCGGUCACAUGCUGCAUGGAACGUCGAACCCCAGAGUGACAGACGUUUCCCUACAACGAGAAUGGACGUAUCAGGUAAAGAUGAACCCAGCAGUUACACGUGUACAACAUGUAAACAGCCAUUCAACAGCGCCUGGUUUCUCUUGCAACAUGCACAGAACACUCAUGGAUUAAGAAUCUACUUAGAAAGUGAACAUGGAAGUCCUCUGACACCGCGGGUUGGUAUCCCAUCAGGACUAGGUGCAGAAUGCCCUUCUCAGCCACCACUCCAUGGGAUUCACAUUGCAGACAAUAAUCCUUUUAAUCUUCUUAGAAUACCUGGGUCAGUCGCGAGAGAAGCAUCAGGUCUUGGAGAAGGGCGUUUCCCUCCCACACCUCCUUUGUUUAGUCCCCCUCCAAGACAUCAUUUGGAUCCACAUCGCAUAGAACGCCUAGGUGCUGAAGAAAUGGCUCUUGCAACCCAUCACCCCAGUGCCUUCGACAGGGUGCUGCGACUCAACCCCAUGGCCAUGGAGCCUCCAGCUAUGGAUUUCUCCAGGCGGCUUAGGGAGUUAGCUGGAAACACCUCUAGUCCACCAUUGUCACCGAACCGGCCCAGCCCUAUGCAAAGGUUACUACAACCAUUCCAGCCAGGCAGCAAGCCACCAUUUCUGGCAACACCUCCUCUUCCUCCUCUUCAGUCUGCUCCUCCUCCUUCUCAGCCUCCUAUCAAAUCCAAGUCCUGUGAAUUUUGUGGGAAAACCUUUAAAUUUCAGAGCAACUUAGUUGUCCAUCGUAGAAGCCACACUGGAGAAAAACCCUACAAGUGCAACCUUUGUGACCAUGCAUGCACUCAAGCAAGCAAGUUAAAACGCCACAUGAAAACACACAUGCACAAAUCCUCCCCAAUGACUGUGAAGUCAGAUGAUGGCCUCUCAACAGCCAGUUCCCCAGAGCCCGGAACCAGUGACCUUGUUGGCAGUGCUAGCAGUGCCCUCAAAUCUGUCGUGGCUAAGUUUAAAAGUGAGAAUGAUUCCAAUAUUAUUCCAGAAAAUGGGGAUGAAGAAGAGGAAGAAGAGGAGGAGGAGGAGGAAGAGGAGGAAGAAGAAGAGGAGGAGGAUUUGACUGAAAAUGAAAGGCCAGACUAUGGGUUUGGCAUCAAUCUAGAAGCAGCUCGGCACCAUGAAAAUAAUUCCCGGUCUAUUGAGGAGAAUCGUUCUAUCCCGGAUGUCAUGCAAGGGAUGGUCCUGAGUUCCAUGCAGCACUUCAGUGAGGCUUUCCAUCAGGUUCUUGGUGAGAAACAUAAACGAGGGCACUUAUCUGAAUCUGAGGUGCAUAGAGAUACAUGUGAUGAAGACUCAGUAGCUGGUGAAUCUGAUCGCAUCGAUGAUGGUGCUAUUAAUGGUCGGGGGUGUUCCCCUGGUGAAUCUGCCUCCGGAGGUUUGUCCAAAAAGCUGCUCUUGGGUAGCCCAAGCUCCCUAAGUCCUUUUUCUAAACGCAUCAAACUUGAGAAGGAGUUUGACCUUCCCACGACAGCUAUGCCUAACACUGAAAAUGUUUACUCCCAGUGGCUAGCUGGGUAUGCUGCUUCUCGGCAGCUAAAAGAUCCAUUCCUCAACUUUGGAGACUCCCGACAAUCGCCUUUUGCUUCCUCCUCAGAACACUCCUCUGAAAAUGGAAGUUUACGCUUCUCGACGCCUCCCGGGGAGAUGGAUGGAGGGAUAUCAGGCCGCAGCGGUACAGGAAGUGGAGGGAGCACCCCGCAUAUUAGUGGUCCAGGCCCUGGAAGGCCUAGUUCAAAAGAGGGCAGACGCAGCGACACUUGUUGGCGUAGCGCCCAGGGAACUCCCGAUGUGUGGCAAAUUCCGGAUGGAAGCUCAAGGACGCUUAAAUUCUGAGAGAAUUUGAAACGCAAUGGGGAUUUGCGCCACGUAUGUGACAUCCAAGUGGGGUUGGCUGUUUGGUUAGUUUCGUGAUGCUACCUGACUGAACAGCAUCAAAAGCAGGAUCUUUCCAGACACCCCUCUGCUGCCUGUCCAGAAGACUUUCUAUUUAUAUAUUUUUAACAAAAUAGCAAAACCACAUCAUUGGGGAAAAAUCUUUCAUCAAGGGCUUUCUUAUAUAUAUCUAUAUUCCUUUUAUUUGACAAUCUUGUAUGCCAUUUUCUUUCUAGAAUGGCAAUAGGAAAGCCACCUAAAAAUAAUAGAGUGAUCCAAUAAACAAAGAGUUAUUAAAUCAAAACCUUUUACUCAGGCACAUCUACAUUUCUCAUUUAUGAUGUCCAAAGCCUGAAAGAACACACAUUUUAAAAACCUUUAAAGUUCAGGAAGGCUUUUUCCCUGGACCUUUGAACUUCUACAUGUGUCACAGGGCAGACUAGUUGAGUUGGGGUGGGCACCCUAUGGGUUGCAUGUGACUCCCGAGUCCACUUUUUGCAAUUCACUGAGUCUGUCAAGAUCAUACAAUCAACAUUUGGUGGGAACUACCAAAUAAUGAUGAUGCCAAUUCUCAAUGAGAAAUACAUAAAAAUAGGUGUAUUAAUUUCUGAUGGAUUUAAUGCACUGAUCAAAUUUUAUCCUUCCCAGCCCCUCCCACCAACAGAAAAUCUUUCUUCUCUGGUGAUGCUAUUAUGUUACUGCACAAUCCACUGCAGCUGUAGUAACCAUGGUCCUUGGCCAUGGAAAAGUUGCAAGACUUGGACAGAUUAAUUUUAUGAGGUCUGGUUCAAUAUAAAAUAAUUUAUUUGGCUUUACUUACUACAGCAUAAAGAGAUAGCUCUCUUUUUAAAGUAUAUGCUGAAUAUUUCAAGGCCAAUUUUAGGAAUAUCUGACUGAAACUUUUUAUCCACUUUGUUUAACACCUAUUCUUCACUAAUGGAGAAUGCAGAAGGGAGACCACAGUAAACACGAACUCUUGCAGCAACAUCUAACAUAGCCAAUGCUUGCAAUGACAUAAUGGUGUGCCAGCUGAUGUCACACGUGGAACAACUGCUCCCAUUGAUUUCUGCUGGUUUAUUUUGUGCAUACUAGUAGCCAAAACUCAAUGUAAAAGCAACAGAUGUCAUAGUGCAACAUGUCUUCCCUAACUAGUAGAAGUGGAAUACUAUUAUUUAGCCCUUCGGAAGUUUUAAUCAAGUGCCUGUUAGUUAAAUAUGAUCAAACAUGAAGUCCAAUCAUGGAAAUGGCCAUCUUCUUUUCACAGAAUAUGUCCCAGUGUUUCUUAAGGGAAUAUUGAAAUUGUAACUCCCUUUAGAAUGCUUUUCCUCCUUCCAGUGAAGCCCCAUAGCUUUGCUUUUCUCAUAAGAUACAUGCUAUAAGUUGUUUGAACAAGAAGAGAUUUAAAGAGAAGCAGAAAGCUGGCAGGAGCAGCCACUGCAUGGAAGCGGGUUCUUUGCGUGAAUUGGUAUGAGCAGACAACUAGUGUCCUCUAAAUAUUUUUUAUUAUAAUUCCCACCAUCGUUUGCUGAUAGGAAAUUCCAAAACAUUUGGCAGAAGCAAUUUGCCUACCCUUGUUGAAAAAUUAAUAGAUGGACAGAAAUAAAAUGGGCUUGGAAUCUGAGAAUUUGAAGAGAGACUUUUAAACAACUAAUUCAACUCCCUGUGAUGUAAGAAAUUAAGAGCCAAAGUAACACCUGCAGAUUAUUUUCCCGUCCUCUUAUCUGGAGGCCUCCAAUGAAGCAGAACCACUAACCUUCCAGAUGCUUGGUUCCAUUAUCAAGCUUCUCUUGAAGACAAGAAGUUUUUACUAGUGUAGAACUGAAAUCUGUCAUCCUCCAUGAUAAGUCUGUUGUGCUGCCUUGACCAGCAUGAAAUAUAUCUUUUCUAUCUUCUUUUGAUAGUCCUUAAGCUUUGAAUUCCAGUGAUUAAUUACAAAUCAUUGAUCCCUAUCAUUGAUCCAGUAAUUUUGGUAUCCUAUGCCAUAUUGACAGGCAACAUCUCUUGGCAUUUCAGAAGUCUCUCUUAACUUUAUCUGGAGAUCCUCCCAAAUUACGACUUCAAAAUUAAUAAAUUUUGUUUGCUCUUGGUUAUAGCCGCUUGGUACAUGUUUACUCCAUGCCUAGGAUCUACAAAGAAUCUGGAUUGAGUACUGGAGGAAGAAGCAAGGAAUUUUGUAUCCUCAAAUCUUAUUUUCCUGCAACUAAUUUUUCCACAGAGGGCAACUCUUUUUCAAAGGACAAGUGAAGCUGGGUCAUUACUACUAUUUUUUUUCCUGCAACCUAAAUUAAUUGGGGAAAGGAUAGUUCUGACAGAUGAUAAAAUAGCACAUGGAGUCUAGAGAAGGAUAGACACAUAAUUCUUUUCAUCUUGAAAAACUAUUAGGACUUUCUAUGCUUUCUCUGUACCAGUUCCAAACUGACACACAAUUUCUCUUGGGAUAGGGAUUUGUGCGUAAAACAGGUUUACAGCAAUCCAUACCAUUGCUAAAUUUGUGGUUGCUUUAAAAAAAAAUAGGCAGGAGAAAGAGGUUAAUCAUUGCUGAUGCCAUUCUCCUGAUUUGACGAGGGCCAUUGGCAGUUGUUCUUUAUAUUAGGAGGUUCCCAUUGGUAACAAAAAGAGUUCUCUACUGAUGCAAAUAGUAACACCAGGGAUUUGCUAUUCAACCUUGUGCUGAUUCAAACUUCUUACGUCUUAAAGGUCAAAUAGAUUGGAUUCAAACUUUUAAACCAAUCUGAAAAAUGAAUUUGAGUCAACUGUGGUAUUCAAUUUCAAAGUUAAAUUUAUAGAACCAUUUCCAAAUUAAAUCUCUGGAUUAAAUACACUCUGGAUAGUGUAUUUGCACAGCUCCAAUAGCUGUGUUUUGGGAGCCAGUUACAUUGGUUGAUAACCUGGUGAACCUCAACAUAAUUGUUUACAACAUAGGCCUAAAAGACACCCUAUAGUUUAAAAAAAUUCUGGAGAGAAGAAAAUUCUCUAAAAAUACAUGUGGCACAAAUAUUGCCCUUUCUGGAAGUGAUUUUUUUGAGCCCAUCCACUGUUUUUGAACCAAACUUGUAGAGAGAAUGGAGAUGAAAUUUUAACAGUCCUCCAACACAAGACCUAUAAGUUAGGAGUGAUAUACGAGUGUUAGAAUAUGUGAACACAGAGUAUGCUGGGAAAAGAUACUGUGCCCCCACCCCCCAUCACCAACAGUCUCCAGUAUGUAUAUCUGAAAGAUCUGAAAUGGAUGUUUUAGGUAUUCAGCUGAACAUGUUUACAGUGUCUGCAUGAUCAGGAACUUUCUUUAUCAAAAUUUCUGCUAGUGAAAGCUUUAUAAUUAAGUUCAACUAAUAUGCUACACCUCCAUUUCAGAUCAUCCAGAUAAAUAAGGAGAUGUCACAGCAGGGGAAAUGAGGCUGCAAUAUGUUUCUUGUUAUCAUCCAUGCUUGUAAGUUUUUAGUGUCAGAGGAGGGCUUGGGAUGUGCACAGGAUUUAUAUAUGCCCUCCCUCAAAAAUUUGUAUAUGCAUGGGUUGCUAAGCCAGGUUUGUGAAUGUAACUGAUCGUUGCCCCAAUUGGGGGGAGGUAAAGGAGUCUGGUUGGUUUAUACUGAGCCAGCUCAUUGGUUUAUGUUGAUUACUGUCAAUGCUAUGCUAAGUGGCUGUGUUUCUCCUCCAGAGGUCCAAUCUGCUAGCCCUUUUAACUGAAAGUACCAAGAACUGAACUAUGAGCCAUGUGACUAGCCAUGUGACUCUAAAUUAUCAUAAGUUUUAAAAUCUACUUUUCCAGAUCAAACCAGAAACAACUUAUAUUUUCACAUCCUACAAUUUACAGCUCUAGACAGCAUAUGUUUGCAGAAGUAUUGAAAAUCAUUAUUACAAUUCCAUAUUCUAGUCAUCACAUUGAUAUUCUUGCCUAAUUCUGUGUGGGAUUUCCAACUGUCUUAAUUUAUUAUUUGUGUGCAACUAAGUGAUGCUUAUUGUGAUGUAUUGCUUUUCUGUUGCUUAAGUAUGUAUUUUGGGGGACAAUGGGGUGGGAGGGCUACUUUGUUUGGAAAAAUAACAAACAAAAUGAAAUCUAAGAGGUGUUUGUGUCAGACUGUGAUUGUACAACUUGUUCUUUGGAGGAAAACAAGUGAAAGAAAAUUAAUAUACUUCUUAGAGUCCCUCUCUAUUUUAUCAAGGAAGCUAAAACUGUUCAAGGAAAAUAAAUACUAAAGUAGCAAAAAGUUUUCACUGAGAUAAAUACUAGUUUAGACACUCUCAUGGAAAUUUGAUUAUAUUAGUAACCUAAAACCUUGGGGUUUGAAUAGAGGGAUGAAAGGAAACAAUCACAUAAUUCUUAUGAGCCUGAAUGAAACUGGACAACAUGGAAGGAAUGGUCUGGAAAAUGAAACUAUUGGUGCUGGAAUGACCUACAUACUUUAAUUGAUGCCAAUUGACUUACAUAUUCUGGACCAAAUCAUUGAUGUAGCUGGAGAGAUUCUGUGACACCCAAAGUUACUUUUAAAUAUUUGAAAUAAGCCAAGCCAUAUGCUACAGAGAGGACAACUUCCCUUUCCUGAUUUAAUGCCCCAUUUGCCUUAAGUAAGGUUUUUAAUCACUGCCUUAGAAAUGAAUUGAAUCCUGUUUUAGGAGAGCAAUGUGGACAACAAUUCCCAAUAGGUCUUUCCCACAUAGACCACUACAUUAGCAGAAUUCCAUUAAAAAAGAAAGGUGAGUGGAAAUCACAUGGGAAGGAAUAUAUCAAGGCAGUUUCCAGAUCCACUUUCUCAUACAAGCAUGGUUUUUUCCACGUUACUUUACCUACACAACUUUACUUUACCUACACAACUAGCUAACUAGAGCAAUGUGGAAUGAAGCUAUAGAACUCUAAUCCAAGUCAAUUCUAAAUUUAGAAAAAUACAUGAGAAAUUUAAUGAGACACAUCGGUCUUGCAACAUGUAUCAAGGCAUGGUUAAGCUCAUCACGUUAAAAGAGUGGAAACGCAAUUUAACUAGUUACACUGAACAUUAUUGAAAGGUUUUGUUUUCAUUAGAAAAUCAGUUUGGGUCACAACUGCCCAAACAAGAAAAAGCACAGUAAAUAUGCAAAAAGAAGAAAAAAGAAAGAAGUACUUUAACAUUGACAAGAUUUUAUUACAUGUCAAGUUCUUAAGUCAUCAUGUUUUCCCUUUUUAAUAGCAGUCACAUAUUGUUGCAUCUUAGGUCCCAAAUAUCUAUUUCAUUUCCCCAAAAUUGGUCAGUUUGCAAAAAGGUUCAGAAAGAUUAAAUAAAAAUAAAUUGGAAGCCCCCCCAUCCCGCAAUAUACCACCACCACUGUAUGUCUUUGAUUAAAUUACCUUGGUUCUAGAAUCCUUGUCUCUACAUGCAGUAACUGAGUCUCUUAGCAAUAAAAUAUAGCAAAGGUUAA